UCCACAAAACAAAUUUAAAAACCAACUUCGAAAAGCCACAGCUAGAAAAAAAAAAGCUAAUCCACAAUAUUCCACAGCUUCGCUAAUUUCCAUUCAUUUUUUAUCAAUAUCUUGAUUUUCAUCAAGAUUUGGAACCAAAACCUAUAGUUUGUUUACGUUUCGGUCGUUAAGAAAAAACUAUGUCGAAGAAAGGCGGAGCUUCGUUGCAAAAGGAUGUUCCAUGGCGGGCCUCAGCCGGAAAAUCAGUUCCUAAAAUCCACCACUCGCCUGUUCUUCGUAUACGUCAAAACCCUAAUUCCAAUUACGCCAUCGCUGUCAUGAAGCACCCGGAUCCUAUAGGAAGUGGGUUAGCGACUGAGGCUAUUGUGGAAGCGGCGGGACCCGAAUGUAUUGUUCCGGGUCAGGUUACUCCUGUUAGAUUACUUGGUCUUAAGGUGUGGCCAAUUGAAGUUAACACGAAAUUUUUGGAACCAGUCGGUAAAGAACUAAAGCUGCUUGGAAAGUUCAUGGACGACGCUGUCAACCUCAUGAACAAAUCAUUCAUAGAUCGCUAAUGGCUUAGGCGUUUUACGCCAUCGAAAGCAAAUGGGGCACCAAAAAGGGUAGGAUAUCUCAGGUUAUUGUUGCAAUGAAGAAGUUGCAGCAUGUGGACCGAAUGGUGACUGUAAGUAAGAUGCUUUUACUGUUCUUUUUUUUUUUUUUAUCAUUUUCCGCUGCUAGAGUCGAAACAAUCGCGAUCGACACAUGUGAUGAUUAAGUUUGAGGUUUUUUUUUAUUUUUAUUUUUUUUAUAUUUUGGGUUUAAAAUGAUUUUUAUAGAAUUUUCAUCUUUAGAAUUCAGAUGUUGAGACAGUAAUGUAUGAGUUUCCUUGCACCAAGUUUGAAUAAAUAUGAUCUUAGUAGCUUUAA